AUGGCCCCCCCAAAAGUGUUUGUAAUCGGCGGCACUGGUGCUCAAGGCAUCCCCGUUAUUCGCGGCCUCGUUCAAGACGGGGCAUACAGCGUGCGAGCGCUGACUCGGGAUCCCAAGUCCCCUCGUGCAGCGCAUCUCCUCUCUCUCGACAACGUCGAGCUGGUCGAGGGCACGUUUGCCAACGAAGCCCAUCUCCGCAAAGGCCUGGACGGGUGCGAGUUUGCCUUUGUCAACAUUGAUGGCUUCAAUGCCGGGGAGAAGACGGAGAUGUUCUGGGCGGUGCGGGCGUAUGAGCUGGCGGUCGAGGUGGGCAUCCGGUUCUUCGUGUACGGCAACCUGGAUUACGCCUACAAGAAAGGAGGGUAUAAUCCGAUGUUCCGGACGGGACACUAUGAUGGUAAGGGAAGGGUGGGAGAGUGGAUCUUGCAGCAGACGAAGGCGAAUGGGGAGAGAACGGGGGCAGCUUUAUUUACCACUGGCCCGUAUUUCGAGAUGGCGCUCGGUGCUGGCACACCAAUGUCCCCGUCCAUCGAAGAUGGCAUCGUCACCUGGCGUAUGCCGAUAGGCCAGGGAGCGAUCCCGUUCGUCUCCCUUGACGACUGCGCCUACUAUGUGCGCUGGCUAUUCGACCACCAAAGCGAGGCCACCGGCAUGGAUCUAGAAGUGGCCGUCGAGCACGUCGAUCCUCGCGAGAUGGCCCAGGCGUUCACGAAAGUGACAGGCGAGCCCGCGCGAUAUGAGGCCAUCGAUCUGGACGCCUUCUGGACCACGACUCCUUUUGGGCGGUCGGCGGAGUUGCCGGCUGGAUACAAUGCUGAUGCCAGCGAUCCGGCCACGAUGAACAUGCGCACCAACUUCUCCGGUUUCUUCAAUUGUUUCAAACACUCCGCCGGGAACACGGGUGUGAUUCGGAGGGAUUAUGCUUUGCUCGAUCGCAUCCACCCGAACCGCAUUCGGAGUGCGGAGGAGUUCUUCAGGAGGGAGGAUGAGAAGAAGCGGGCCGCUGGGUUUGAUGGCAUUUACCACACGGUGCAGAAUCUCAUACCUGUCUUGAAGGUGAGGGAGGACGGAAGGAAGGGCAUUCUCUGAGAGGGUUACUUUGCUGGUCAGAGGACAAACCCGUGGU